AUGGCCCUGUACUUGCUAAUAGGAGGGGUGAUGCUCUCAGCUCUAGCCUUGACUUCUCUUGGCUGUCACUUGCCUUGGAGCCAAGACCUGGAAAAUAAGGAAAUAUUUAUGCUUUUGAUAAAGCUGAAAACGAUCCCCUCCUACUCAUAUGUGAAUGACAGGACCCACUUCAAAUAUCCUUGGAAAAGAGGGCAAAUCACCGAAAUCCAGAAGACACACGCCAUGUUUCCGCCGUCGGAUGUUCCAGCAGAUCUUCCCCGUCUUCAAUACAGAGAACGCCUGUGCUGCCUGGGAUCAUCGCUCCUGGAUGAAUUACUCUCUAGAAUUGAUUACAGUCUGGAACAACUGGAGAAGAUGAAAGUAGAAAAUCUUCUGUCCUAUUCCUCUUUGGGAAUUUUUGUCGGCAAGUACUUCCAAGGGAUCAUUGUCUAUAUGAAGGAAAAGAAAUACAGCAGCUGUGCCUGGGAGGUUGUCAGAGGGGAAAUUGAAAUGUACUUCUCCCGCAUUUAA